AACUAAAUUAUAAAAUUACAAGCAGCAGCAGCUGAGCAGAGCAACAGUUGAUGAGUCUCCGAUCAGAAACCACCAGCAAACAACAAUGGAGAAAUCAACAACUGCAACGAAGAAGAAGCAUCAGAAGGAGACAUGGUUUUGGAGAUCCGCAGUAUCAUCCAUAAUCAUAAGAAUCAUACUUAUAUUUUAUUUCCCAAACUCUCUCAAUUUCUCUUCCCGUCCUGAAGUCUCCACCCCAAUCACCAGCCUUCGCCGCCUGGCGGAAGGUUAUUGGCUAAAACAAUCAUCUAUAUCGCCUUAUGCCGGUUCAAUGUACCAUGGAUCUCCACUUUUGUUAUCAGUUCUUGGUCCUCUUACUAUUGAUAAUAGAGGUGAAGGGCAGCCAAGUCAUCUGUUAUGCGGACUUGCAUUUGUUAUUGCAGAUUUCAUCACUGCAAUGCUUAUUCGUGCAAUAGGCCAGCGUCUCCAAGUGGCAGAUAUUCAGAGUCUGAAAUUAUUAGGAGCUGGCCAAUUUUUGAAAAUUUCAGAAAAUUUUCAAUCUGGCGAUGUAGCUGCUCUUGUGUAUUUAUGGAAUCCUUUGACUAUCAUUACCUGCCUGGGAUGUUCAACAUCACCGCUUGAAAAUCUUAUGAUUGUUUUGUCCCUAUAUGGGGCUUGCAUGAGACUAGUUCCCCUGGCUGCUUUUGGAUGGGUGAUAGCAUCUCAUUUGUCCCUCUAUCCUGUUAUUCUAGUCAUACCAUUGGUUCUCUUAAUAGGUUGUGGUCUGGAUACGCCACCACAGAAACUCUUUCUGCAACAGACACAUGGUGAUGAUCACAAGGAAACAAGUGAAUCCUUGAAUCCGAGAAUCUUUUCAUGGAGACGAGCUGUUCUUUUCUUUUUAUGGGCUACUGCUUGGGCGUUCUAUGUUCUAGUCCUAUGUGGCUUAUCUCUAAAAGAAUAUAGUGGUCUUGGAGAAAUGUUUAAAAGAACCUAUGGAUUUAUUCUGAGUGUGGAAGAUUUAUCUCCAAACAUUGGUGUCUUGUGGUACUUCUUUGCAGAGGUUUUUGAUUUCUUCAGAGACUUUUUCCUGAUUGUAUUCCAUAUAAACAUUCUUUUUAUGGUAUUGCCACUUGCUGUACGGCUACACCAUCGCCCUUGCUUUCUCGCUUUUGUGUACAUUGCAAUCUCUUCGGUGCUUAAGUCCUAUCCUUCUGUUGGAGAUUCAGCUCUUUACCUGGGUUUACUAGGCCUGUUUGUGAAUGCACUAGCUGAUAUGCAAUUCUCGUUUUUCCUGUUCUCUGGUUAUUUGGGUACUUUACUUCUUAGCCCUGUAAUGCACAACUUGUGGAUAUGGAGGGGAACGGGAAAUGCAAACUUCUACUUCGCUACUGCAAUGGCUUAUGCUUGCUUUCAGAUUAUCUUGGUGGUCGAGAGUGUUAGCUCAAUGCUCAAGCAUGAUAGAGCUUUGAAGCAAGAUACCACAACAGUUGCAAAGAAGUUACAAUAAUACUAACUAAAGCCUCCAUACUUGAGUAUUUAGAUUUAGCACUCGAAACAAAAUCCCUAAAAGCUCAUUUUCAAUAGGCAAUCUGCCCAGUUAUUGAGAUAGUUUUUGUUUUCACAUGGGUUUUUGCAUUGCAUAAUGUUGUAAUUUGUAUUUACAAAUUUGAGUUGGAUGAGUAGAAUGUAUUUGUUGCAAGUUAGUAUAAUGUUGUUUAUAAGUUCAGAAUUGGUUGUUGGGCACACAACAUCCGUGCAUAUUUACGUCCUACAAAUUCCUUACUGUCUAGGGGUAUGUAUAUAUGAACCUGUUAUUGAAUACUUUUUGUGCAUUUUAAUAUUUUUAAAGAUCA